CGGAGCAGGAGCGUCACUGAUGAAGAUCUCGACGAACUCAAGGCUUGCAUAGAGCUGGGAUUCGGCUUCGACUCCGCCGAAAUGGAUCAGCGCUUGUCCGACACUUUCCCGGCUUACGGCCUCUACUACGCAGUCAACAAGCAAUACAACGACGCCGCGUCGAAGACUCCACCGCCUCCAUCGUCACCGCUCUCUCCCUCCCAGUCCGAAUGCGACACCCCCUCCCCCCUCGGAAGCCCCCACACCAUCUUCGACCCUGGGGAUAAUCCACAGACGAUGAAGACAAGGCUGAGGCAAUGGGCUCAGGUGGUUGCUUGUGCAGUGCGCCAAUCUCCAAGCUGAUUCAUCAGGUUUCAAUCAGCCAACAAAAAGCAGAAAAAUUCAAAAAAAAAAAAGGAAAGGAAAAAUUCCCUUCUACUUCAUUUAAAGUAACCGAACACGAAACUAGUUUGUUAAUUGGUAUUACCAUAAUUUGAUAUGAAGGGCGGCACCACUGCCACCCACUUUCCUAUGA